AGGAAUAAGAAGAUGUCAUAUGGUGUGAUAGUCAUCAAUCCCUAAGACAUUGAUUAAUUUCAAACAUGUUUAAGAAAUUUUUUAAUAAAAAAGACUUACCUUCUUCAAGUUGGGAAUGCUACAAGUGCAACAAGAAGAUAGAACCAGGGGAGAAAUGUGACAACUGUGACAGAAAGUUUAACAAGGAAAAAGAUAAAGAAUUAGAUAACAGUUCAGAGAAAGUCACUCACAAAGAAGAUCCAGAAUUCAAGAUUAAUAAAUAUGACAAAAAGAAAGAGAAGGAAAAUGUUGGAACUGGAAUAAAAACUAUAACAAAUAAACAACCCAACUCUGCUCAAGCUGCAGAUAAGGAGUCUGUGCAAACUAGUUCUCUGUCUACUGAUCAUGUAAAUGGAGCAAAUUAUGACGCUCAAGGUCAUGGGGAUGACAAACAGAAGUUAAGUGAUGGAUGGACAUGUAAAAUUUGUCACAAAAGUGGAAAUCUUGAUUUAGAUUGUAAAAUGUGCCAAGAAAGAAAGAAAGAAUCUAUUGAUGAAGGGGACAUUAAAAACAGGAAGAAAAGGAAACAAUUAAAUAGAAGCAGGCUGAAAGCAGGACGCAGCAUUCGUGUUGAUAAGGAGAGAGACAGACAGAAAAAAAUUGCUCAACAAAUCGCCACAAAUAUUAAAGAAUAUUGCAAAAAAAACAGUACUUGUUAUAAAGAUGAGAGUUUUCCUGAUCCUAAUGCUCCAAAUAGAGAUGGAGAGCAAUGGAAGAGAAUAGACUACAUUAAAGACAAAUGUUGUAAAGGGAAAGAACCCUGGACUGUGUUUAGGAACCCCAGUCCUGAUGAUGCUAUACAGGGAUCGGCAGAAAAUUGCUGGUUCCUGUGUUCAGUCAGUUUGCUGGCACAGAGGGAGGAUCUUUUAAGAGAAAUUCUGAUCACAGAAAAUUAUUGUCCAGAAGGCUUAUACCAGGUCCGUCUCUGUAAGGAUGGCAACUGGAAAACUGUCAUUGUUGAUGACCGCUUUCCCUGUGAUGAACAUGGAAAUCUGAAAUAUGCAAGACCUCAUAAUAGACAACUAUGGGUGAUGCUGUUAGAGAAGGCAGCAGCCAAGCUUCAUGGAGGAUACAAAGCUUUGGAUUCAGGUCUUGUUGUAGAGUCCCUGGCCAUGUUGACUGGAGAACCUUGUAAACACAUUGACCUUGGAGGAGUGGAUAUUCAGAAAAAAGAUGACAAGAAACUGAAGAUAGAUCGAGAUAAACUUUGGGAGGAUCUUAAGAAUUGGAGAUCACUAGGGUACCUUCUUGGAGUCAGUACCUCCCCAGAUCUUACUCAUGAUGAACUAUUUCGAGCCCACUGUUACCCUAUCUUGGAUAUUGAAGAGACAGCAGAUGGUAAAAGACUGAUGAAGCUAUGGACCUCCACUGACCAUCAACAUUGUAUCACAGGCUGUUUAAAGCGCUCUUCUUUACAGAAAGAUAAAAAGAAGCUCCUUCGGCAUCUUAAGAAAGGACAAUUCUGGAUUUUAUUUGAAGAAGAAUUUAUGGAGCACUUUAAUUACCUGUCCGUGUGUAAGACUGACAGUGGAUGGUUUGAGUCGAGAUUCAAAGGUGUGUUCCUCCCUGAACUCAGCAAUGACUGGAAGUACUAUAGCUUCAGACUGACAAUGGAUACAAAACUAAAGCUUAGUCUCUUCCAGAAAAGCAUGAGAGGAGCAGGUUUGAUGGUAGAGCAGUUUGUAGAUUUGCUGAUCAUGGUGCUUCAGAACCAGGUGGAUGGCUCAGGACUUCCCUUUAAACAGGCCCCAUUGUUUAGUCGAGUGAUGGACUACAGUGAGAGACGAGCUCGCAGUCUCACCACAUGUGAGGUGGAUCUAGCUCCUGGAAGCUAUACUGUAGCUUGUUUUUCUUUUGGAAAAUUAAGACGAGGUGGUGAUGAAUACACUGAUGAGGACUAUGUUAACUACACACUGAGCAUACAUAGCUCAGUCCAGCUCUUGUUUAUGGAUGAAUGUGAGGUCAAUCCUAAAAGCUUCCCAGAGCUCAGAUAUGCCCCUGCUGAUGCUCUGAUUACUCUGGCAAAACAGUGUAAGGUCGAGGAAAGAUUUGACACAGAAAAAUUACAAAGUGAUGUUCGACUUAGUACGGUUGAUGAUGGUAUCUAUUGUGUAAUGUUCAUGUUUUAUGGAGAAAUAUGUGUGUUUAUCAAUGAGACUAGUGGAGGGUAUGCUUAUGUGAGGAAUUAUGGUCAAAGUUCAUACCUGAUGUCCUUGAGACAUAAAAUGAAAACAGCAGAUUUUAUUCCAGCAAAAUCAGGGCAUGUGAUAAAUAUAGUAACCCCUAUGGACCCGAUGACUGACUGGGUUGUAGCUGCUCAAAAGAAUGGACGUCCAGUAACAGAGGAAUUCAGCAGUGAUCCAGCAAUCCCACAAACUCUGGAGGGUCUCCUCAAAGCAAGGCCUAUCCCUGAGAUCACAAAGCAUUAAAAUACUUCAGAUUUAGUCAUGAACCAUUUCUGUAUUACUGAGUUUGGUGCAUUUGUAUAACUUUUUGGGUAUAUUUUCUCUCUGUGCUCAGUCUCAUUCAUAUUUGACUCCCAGAGUGUCAUUAAGUAAAUGGGGAGUGAUGUUGAAUAAAAUUUAUUUUUAACACAAGAUAAAAACAUUUCUUAAAAGUUUAAUGCUUUACUAACGUUAAUUUAACAAAAAAAAAAAAAACAACCGUUUUUAAUUCACUAUAAUUUAGUUUCUAUGGGUGAAAAUUAGCAUUGACCUUGAUCAAAUAUUUUUACGCAGUGAAUUUCUUCUCCUAUUAGUCCCACUUUGCUCACCUGUUGGUGGAUAAAAGUUCAGAAUCAUCUCAAUUCAAUAUUCUCAUACAAAACUCAAGGAUGACAUUUACUCAGAUAGCAACAAAAUUCCAGUGUCAGCUGGGAAGUAAAAACCACCUUAGUAUUGUACAUUUUAGACCUAAUAUUCGGGUGCUAUUUUUGACUUUCACUAUGUAGGUCAAUGAACUAACUUUCACGCUUGUGGCAUCUGAGUAUUUCUCAAAAGAAGUUGGAAAAUCCCAAAAUAUUUUGCACUACCAGGGACUACGACCAAGAUUUUUUUCCUAAGUAAGUAAUAAAACUUUUUGGAUAAUGAAAUAUAAUGAAAAAUUGAAGAAAAAAAGAGUUGCUAAAUAAAAUAAACAAUGAGCAAUAAACUUCCCUAAUGACUCUUAAGUAGUCCAGUUCGAAUUUCUUCUGUCUUUUUUUUUUAAUUCAUCCAGGGAAGUAUGUCCCUGAUUUAAUCCACUUUUAAACUAAUAUUACAAGACACUGAAUGGUGGAAACUUGAAACUAUUUUUAGCUUCAGUUUACUUUUAUUGCCCUUAUUCUGUUGGUGUUAAAAUUAUAUAAGGUCAAUGAUCAAAUUCCAAUUGAAAUAACGCAUGAGCUUGAACAAACAUAAUAUUUGCAAUAAUUAUAAAUGAAAAAAAUAUUGGAACUAUAAAUUAUUAGGAUGACAUCGUUUGAAAAAAAUGAAAAUUAAAAAUUCAGUCCAGAUUUCCUCUGCAUUUUCUUUAUUUUACAUUUGACAUUGCAUAUUUUUGUUAAAUUUGUAACAAGAAAGGAGAAAAUGUAUGGCUGGACCGGGAAUCGAACCUGGGACUCAUGCAUCACUAGUCAUGUGCUUUACCGACUGAGCUACCCAGGCCGAUACCCAUGGCCCAAACCAUUAUAAAUUGUAAAAUAACUUUUGAUAUUAAUUUAUUACAUGGUAAUUCUGUCCAUUUUGAACAUUUUUUAUUUAUUUUAUUACACUUUAUAGCAAUCCAUUUCGUCAUCCUUGAGGUCAGUGUGUUAGGGCUUUCUGGACUGCAUUUCCUUUUUCCCUUGUCCAGUUCAUACUUCACCUAUAAGUAUGUUUUUAAGUUGAAAGAUAUGAGUAAUUAAUAUGACUUAAGAUUUUUAAUCAAAGGACAACAAAGAACUUCUUAAAAUUCUUGGUCAUGACUUCAUUUUUUUUUUCUCAUGACCCAAUCUUCUGUGCACCCAGCUUUAUGUGUAAUAAAGAGGACUCGUUAUUCUGACUUAGAGGUCAAGGACAGUUCUGAGGAUUGUGUUAAUUCCUUAUUAUUCAAUAUUCUUUCUUUGUGGGCCACUUUCAAAUGCAUUCAUAUAAAGUCCUCUAGAAAGUUGUGCAGAGACUAGAAUGAAAAUAUUUUACCUUGAAGGUAAAUCCAACUACUUCUUUGUCCAGUCAAUGGCAUUCUCUACUGUCUCCUUAGUAUUUUACUAUCGAGGGCUUCGAGUUUGUUUAACUACUGAGAGAUGUAUGUGUUGUUUUUUAAUUAAUAUGAACUUGCAUUCAAUUUCUGUUGCAGUUUAACUGUGGUAUUGUGUGUAAACAUAUGACUUUGUCUAUGAUCCUAUUGAGAGCUACAGCAAACACCAUACACACUUUUUGUAUUAUCUUGAUUUAAUUCCUAAAAGUGAUAUUUAUAACAGGUGUGAGAUGAUUUUCAGUGUUUUUUGUUUGUUUGUUUGUUUGGCUUUUACCUAUUAUCUAUACCUUAGAAUGUUAACUAGCAUUUAUUACCAUUCCUGUGCCUUGCUUUAAGCAGUUUCAGGUUGUAUAUACUUUCCAAAGUUUCUGUGAUAUUUAUAAACUUCAUUCGAUAUUUAUACUUGUUAAAAAAGAUGUUUUAAUGGCAUUAUGAAGGUAUAGAAUGUAACUGUUUAUUAGAAAUUCUUUAUAUUUGGCAUUUUUUGAUGUUUUAAUACUUAUUAUUUGUAUUUUAUCACACUAUAAUACAACUUUCAACAAUUGUAUGAAAACGUAAUUCUUGUGCUAAAUGAAAUACAUGUAUUUUUAAACAUUAUACAGAAGCAAAGGUAAAACGAACAGCAUCAUAGUGUAGAAAACGUAUUUGACUUCCGAAGUGAAGUGUAAAAUAUUUACAUACAGAACCAGUUUGCUAGAAUGCCAUUUUAUAACAAUGUAGUUGUAGAGUGUUGUAAACAUGGUCAGAUAAGGCUCAAUUCAGUGGCGAUGAAUUUUCAUUUUUUUCUUAAUUUAAAUCAAUGUAGAACGUGUCCAUUUUUCAUACUCAACACUCACCAUCAUACUUUAUAACAUAGCCACAUCAGAUAAACACAUGAUUGUUUUUAUAUUUUUCAUUUUUAGUAGUAAUUAUGGUACAAUUAAAUUCAGAAAUAACUUUA